GAUCCCCCCGCGGAGAGCGCGGCGAACUUCACGCGGUGAGGCGCGGAUUGUUUAUCGCACGUCAGACGCUGAGAAUCACGAAGUUGGUUUUUCGUCCGGACACUCGGCGAGGAUAUUCCGCGAACAGGAGUCUGCCGAUUGCUGUGAUCAAUUAAUUGUUAAGGAUCCUUGUAACUCGGGAUGGUUCUCACGAAAGAGUACCGCAUUAGCAUGCCGCUCACUACGGAAGAGUACCGCAUCGGUCAAUUAUACAUGAUUGCCAGGCAUAGCCAUGAACAAUCUGAUAACGAUGAAGGAGUAGAAGUAGUAGAGAAUACUGCCUGCGAAGAUCCUGUCCAUGGAAAAGGCCAGUAUACUGAGAAAAGAAUCCAUCUUUCCAGUAAACUCCCGUACUGGAUACAGUCUAUUCUACCGCGAAUAUUUUAUGUGACGGAGAAGGCAUGGAACUAUUAUCCCUUUACUAUCACAGAAUACACUUGCUCAUUUAUACCUAAAUUUCACAUAGCAAUAAAUACACGAUACGAAGACAACAAUGGCUCAACAGAAAACUGCUUAGGGUUGUCGCCCAUUGAAUUGAUCCAUCGAGAGGUUGAUUUUGUGGAUAUUGCGUACGAUGAGAUCUCUGCAAAGCACUACAAAGAGGAAGAAGACCCAAAAUUUUUCCAAUCAAAACGGACCGGGCGCGGUCCUCUGGUUGAAGGCUGGAGAGACUCGACACAACCCAUAAUGUGCUCGUAUAAACUGGUGCAUGCUUCGUUUGAGGUCUGGGGCAUGCAAACACGAGUAGAGGAUUUUAUACACAGAUGUAUCAGAGACAUCCUGCUGUUGGGCCACAGACAGGCCUUCGCCUGGAUUGACGACUGGUACGAUAUGACUCUGGAGGAUGUUCGGCAAUACGAGCAGAAGAUGCAGACCGAGACGAACGAGAAAGUCAGGCUAAGGAAUCAGCUCAAUGAGAAACAGGCCAGCACGCCGUCCUCAUCCGCACCGACCACGCCGACGCCGAAGUCACCCACGCAAUCAAAUCGAUCGUGGUUUCCCUGGUCUUUUUCGAAUUUUUUAAGUAUGUCGAGACAACUUUUUCGACAUUAUUUAUUACUUUUCUUCUCCGUGCACGCGAUCCUAAUUUGUGGAUCGUCGCGAAGGAUUCCUAGACGAGCAUCGUGUCCCUCAUGUAGUCAAGAUCAGCCAGAGCUUCUAACUGUUCAAGUACCAUGGUAUCGAGAAUCGUAUCGAGAAUCAAAUCAGCCACAAGUGCAAGAUUUUUCCUUCAAUCCACUUAUUAAAAGUUCCAUGUAUCCUCGCUUAACGCAAGAAGAAGUCUUUCAGGACAUGAUACAUGAUGAUAUUUUAUCGAAUCCAAAUUCAUUGUCCUUUGGAAACUAUAGGAGCUACCCCCAGCAAGAAUUUGCAAACGAAGAUCUAUUUUUCAGAAAUCGUCCUAAUAAAUUCUCGGAAUCUUUAGAUAGACGGGAGAUCUUUUCUCAAAGCGAACCAAUGAGCGAGUAUUCUUUUGCUCAUGUUUCUCCGCCGAGACAAUCUUGUGACAGAUUGGAAAAUUUGUUCUUCAGAAGUCCACGCGACAAGUAUUCAGUGUACUUGCCGAAGAAUCAGAAUUUCCAAGAUUACAGGAAAAACAAAGAGGAUCUUGCAAGCAAAUUAUUCAGCACUUAUCGUGCAGAUAGAGGUACGAAACCUUGGGAGGAUACAAGGAGCAUUUUUCCAAAUAACAUCUGGACACAAAGAUUAUCCUCAAAAAGUGAAAAUUCUUUUCCAUCUCAUCAAGAAAAUAAUCUCGAGGAAAGAAGAUCUUUAGUCAAGACUCCAAAUUCUGUCGACCGACGAUACAAGUUUGCAAAUCCUCAGGAAGCGUAUUAUCCCGAUGAAUUCGGCGUUCCUGAAAUUAAACAUGGUCUUCAUUUUCUUCCUCAGGAUUUAAAUACUGAUAAAACAACGGAGGAUGAGAGGUUCUUUAACAAUUUGGACGAAGAUUCGUUACCAUCUUGGACUCCAAGACGAUUAAAGCAAGCUGAAGAUUUUUUAGAAGUGUACCCUGCGAGAGAUAAACAGACGAUUAUUACCGAGGAUGAUAAUGAACAAAUUAAUCAUAAUUCUCAUUCAGGAUUAAUAUUUCCUCAGGAUUUAAAUAUCUCGAAGCCGACAAAGUAUGGAAAGCCUAUUGAUAAUUGGGAUUUCGCUACAAGAAACCCGCAAGAGUCUGAAGAAAUUAAACAAUUCCAAAAAGCUGAAAAUAAUUGGCAAUUUUAUCCUCGGGAAAAAUUCGAUAUUCUUUUUGCAAACGAUUACUCCGAUGAGGAAAAUAUAAAUCAGGAAUAUUUUAAAGACAAGGUUGAUAAGGAUACUAUCAAAAUUGGAAGAGGUAAUUACAAUCCUUACAAUUUUUCCCAAAAUACAGAUAUUUGGAGAGCAACGCAGGAUAAAGAACUAUCUGACAACUUAAACUUCAUGUCCGAAAAUUUACAUGAAAUUGAAAAAGAAAAACAGGAAAUAUAUUCUCAAGAUAAGUAUUUCCAAGAUAAAGAAAACGAAGAUGUACUUUUUAAACACAGGACGAAUGCUAAUACUGAUCAAAUGACUCGUACACCUGUAAAUUCAUAUAAAUCUUUCCUUUCUCGAUACUUUAAUAUUUUUAAUAAUGCGAAGCAUUCUGCCCAGUCCUCGGAAGAAUCGCAAGAAUCAACGAAAUAUAGUUCUUUACAUAAAAAUCCUGUAGAAGAAAGAAACUCUAGAGUUUUUGAUAAUAAGGCUGUUGCCCACGAUGAGCAGGAUUUGCUGAAGGAUAUUUUCGAUCUAAGGGACUACAAUGAAUACAAUAUUCCUGCUGUCAAUACGUGGCAAAGUGCAAAAGACAAUAUCCAGAACAAAGCUUCGAGCGAACUUGAUCCUGAUCUAUUUGAUGAUAUUGAGAGUCUUCCAACAAAACCUACGGAACCGACACCAACAGAAUCUCAUGCAGAAUUUUCCACACAUCAGUAACAAUAAAAGAGAAAGGAUUAAUUAUUAGUUAUUUAUUAAUCAUAUAUUAUAUAUCUAUUACACGAAACUAUUUCAAACUUAUCAAAUAGAAACAUAUAUUAUACAAUCAAUUAUUACUAAUUAAACUAAGAAUCUAUUGUUGUAUAAUGUACACAAAAGAAAAAUUUGAAAAUAAAUGUUUAUAAUAUAUCACA